AGAGAGCGCCGACGAUACUGGAACAGAGGAUCCGCCCCCCCUUCUUUUCUGUGAGAUCUCCUCUCCUCCCCAUUAGCUAGCUUGUUAAGCAGCCAACACAUGCAUGUUCCCCCCUUGCUCGAGAUAGGAGCUACAAAGCACGAACACCGUGCUCUAAAAAAAGAAACCACUAGGGCAUGUCUGUGCCCGAAUUUGCAAGCAACAAAGCCAAGCCGGCAGGCAGACAGUCGUCAUACGGUUUUUACCAAACAGCCAGCGCCCAGGACUGACUUAGUUGACCGCACCACUGAAGACCGCCUCACACAGCUCCAGUAGUCCCGCCCCUCCGGCUAUAUAGAGAGACCCCCUCCCCUCCCCUGCAUGGACAACCACCACCGCCCUUUCUUUCUCCCUCUCUCUCUCUCUCUCCGUCUCCUGCUCUUGUUGCACCUCAUCAGGAACUCCCACUCUACAAGAAGCCCUCUCUAUCGCCACCCUUCAAAUUCCAAGCUUCCUACCAACCUGCCAAACCUCCAUCCUUUUGGUCGGGUUGUUGAAUUAUAAAUUGAAGAGCUAGACGGCCGGCCGGCCACCAUGAAGCCAUCACUGGAGCACUGCUUCAAGCUCCUCCUGCUGCUGGCGCUUGGCGGGGUGACCAUGCACGUGCCCGACGCCGACGUCCUCUCCUCCCUCGGGGCGCUGCGCCUCGACGGCCAUUUCAGCUUCCACGACGCCUCCGCCAUGGCGCGGGACUUCGGCAACCGCUGCAGCUUGCUGCCGGCCGCCGUGCUCCACCCCGGCUCCGUGUCCGACAUCGCCGCGACCUUGAGGCACGUCUUCUCCCUGGGCGAGCGCUCGCCGCUGACCGUCGCCGCGCGCGGCCACGGGCACUCGCUCAUGGGCCAGUCCCAGGCCGCCGGGGGGAUCGUCGUCAGGAUGGAGUCGCUCCGGGGCAGUAGUGACAGGCGGCUUCAGGUAGUCCAUGGCGGCAUGUCUCCGUUUGUGGACGCCCCAGGAGGGGAGCUCUGGAUCAACGUGCUCCACGAGACCCUCAAGCACGGCCUGGCGCCCAAGUCUUGGACCGACUAUCUCCAUCUCACGGUCGGUGGCACCUUGUCUAAUGCGGGGGUCAGCGGGCAGGCGUUCCGCCACGGACCGCAGGUCAGCAAUGUCAAUCAACUGGAGAUUGUGACAGGAAGAGGAGACGUUGUUACCUGCUCGCCCGAGGAGAACUCUGAUCUCUUCUACGCUGCUCUCGGCGGUCUCGGUCAGUUUGGGAUCAUCACCAGAGCAAGGAUUGCUCUCGAGCCUGCUCCAAAGAUGGUGAGGUGGAUCAGAGUUCUUUACUCGGAUUUUGUAAGCUUCACCGAGGACCAGGAGAUGCUGAUCAUGGCAGAGAACACCUUUGACUACAUUGAAGGUUUUGUCAUCAUAAACAGGACAGGCAUCCUCAACAACUGGAGGACGUCCUUCAAGCCACAGGACCCAGUCCAAGCAAGCCGUUUUCAGUCAGAUGCAAGGGUUCUAUACUGCCUCGAGCUAACCAAGAACUUCAACAGUGACGAAGCAGAUAACAUGGAACAGGAAGUUACUGCACUGCUAUCUCGACUCAGAUACAUCCGGUCUACUCUAUUCCACACCGAUGUCACGUACCUGGAGUUCUUGGACAGGGUGCACGCCUCCGAGGUGAAGCUGAGAGCACAAGGCCUCUGGGAAGUUCCACACCCUUGGUUGAAUCUUCUAAUCCCAAGGAGCUCAAUCCAAAGAUUUGCUAAGGAAGUCUUCGGCAAGAUCCUGAAAGAUAGCAACAAUGGUCCCAUACUGCUUUACCCAGUGAACAAAUCAAAGUGGGACAACAGAACGUCAGUAGUCAUUCCAGAUGAGGAAAUUUUCUACCUAGUGGGGUUCCUUUCUUCAGCACCGUCUCUCUCAGGUCACGGCAGCGUUGCACAUGCAAUGAACCUGAACAACCAAAUUGUUGAGUUCUGUGAAGAGGCCGAUAUUGGGAUGAAACAGUAUCUGGCACCCUACACCACACAGCAGCAGUGGAAAGCCCACUUUGGAGCGAGGUGGGAGACAUUUGAACGGAGGAAACACACGUAUGAUCCCCUAGCCAUCCUAGCACCAGGACAGAGAAUAUUCCCAAAGGCGUCACUGCCGUUGUCCUUGUGACAGUACCUGCUAUUUAAAGGCUUUUGUAGAGCAUAUGUUGUACAAAAGUGUAGCUAGCCUGAAGAACACAUUAUAGCGACUUCUUAGUGACCGAAGAUACCUCGAAGCAGUACUUCAAAGUGGAGUAGCGUCACCUGAACUCUGACUGGUGAAUGCAACUUUGGAGGCAAUCAUUGGAGGAUUGUAUGGGUCCAAGUAACAUGCGGAACCCAGCUGUUGUUACAGCGUAGAUUUGAGCUAUGCUGAUCAACUGAUCACCAACCUGUGUAACAAGGAACUCAUGUUGAGUUCUUUGCAUUUUCAGUUAACGACAGUGCAGAAAGUAGCACGAGAGUAGAUCCUUGAUUAGCAAAUAACACUGCCAGUUAUUUUGCAUGUAACUAGCCUCUCAUCUCAGGACUGCCUGCAUAAAUGCAGCAGGUUACUUUAGUCAAUGACUCAGAACAUUAUAUGUUCAUGCCAAAACAGUGAAGCUGCUUAUCAAUCAUGAUGUCUGGAAACAGAAAACAUUUUGGAAUUA